UUCAUUGAUAUAAUCCUUUUGAGAUUUAAAAGUAUUGGGCUUCAUGCAUACUGACAAGCCUCAUCUUUGCUUUUCUGCAUUAGCAGCAUUCUGCCCUCUGCCAUAUGGCAGACUGUCCCAACUGUGUGAUAAUGUGUGUGAGACUGUGAGUGUUUACUGGGUUCCUCUUAUAGCAGGUGGCUAAGGAGAUAAUCCAGGUAAAGCCACUGCGACGUGGAGAUUGAGGGAUGGACUGAGGAAGGGGGUGAGCAAAUGGAUGGAGUGAGUAGCCUUUGUAUGGACACCUAGGGCUAAUUCUGGCCUCCUAAUCCGACUCCCGUUCGCCCUCCCCCUCUUCCUGUUUGCCAUCUCCACACUGAUGGUUUGAAGCCAUCGAUUGCCAGCUAACCUGUAACGCUCAGGAGUGAGCCUCAUUGGAGAAUGUAGCAUCGGCCUUCAAGACAAGCUAAAGUAUAGACGCUACCAUGGGAGAAGCUCAGAAGGGCUUACUCUCCGUCAUUGAGAAAUUGAAGGGAACUAGCGAGCAGGAAGUUCGAAUAGUUCUUCUGGGCCUGGAUAAUGCAGGUAAAACCACCCUGCUCAAGAGCCUUGCCUCUGAGGAUGUUAACACCAUCACACCUACACAGGGCUUUAACAUAAAGAGUGUUGCUUCUCAUGGUAUGAAACUUAACGUGUGGGAUAUUGGAGGGCAAAGGAAGAUCAGAUCUUUCUGGAAAAAGUACCUGGAAAACACAGAUCUUUUGAUUUAUGUUAUUGACAGUGCGGACAAAAAGCGAUUUGAAGAAACCGGCCUGGAGUUGUCGGAGCUGAUAGACGAGGAGAAUCUGAAGGGCGUUCCGGUGCUCAUCUUUGCUAAUAAGCAAGAUCUGGCCACAGCUUCACCGGCCAGUGAGAUUGCUGAAGGGCUAAACCUUCAUACGUACAGGGACCGUGAGUGGCAGAUUCAGGCCUGCUCAGCUGUGUCUGGGGAAGGAGUUCAGGAUGGUAUGAACUGGAUUUGCAACAACAUCAUGAAUAAGAAAAAGUGACCCAGUCUCCCAAACAUUAUGGAACAGACAACUUACAUCGUUAUCUUAUGUCAUACCACACAAAAACACACAAAACAGAUGUGAAUGAUUUUCUUUUUACAGUUUAUGUCAAAAUAGUAACAUUUAGGCUACAGUAAGUAAACUAGGUACUUGCUGUGUUGACUGUAUCAUUGCUUUAUGUUUCUAUCCCUCCAUCCCAAAGAUCCUCGUCUGUUCAUAUUACGAAACUAUACAAGCUUUACAUUUUUAGAACUUGUCAUCUCUACCAUUCAAAGUGUAGUUUUGUGUGAGUGUAAUGUGUAUUAUGGAGAUUUUUGACAAUAAAAUUUUCAGUCAUCUUCUUCUGCUUUUCUGCUUUUUUUUUUAAUGUAGGGAGGAAGCAGCAGUACCUGCAGAAAACAAAUGUGCUCAAUGCAAAUUCCACAUGGGAUACUCCCAGAAGCCGAUGUGCUAACCACCUUGCAUCUUUU